AUGAAGACCUUCCUGUUGAACGAGAUCACAAGUGAGAAAUCGAAUGUCAUCUUCUAUGUCCAUCGCAAAGAGACGUUUAAGGACUGGUGCUUUGAUAAAGAAAAUGCCAGAUGUUCUUCCGAUGCGGUGAGUCUUAACUUCAUUGCUCAAGUAAGAUUUCAGUUAGCCCGAGCCGGUUUUGUGUACACUGGAACCAGAAGAGAACCCGCAGUAGCAAAAUGCGUAUUCUGCUUCAAAGAGCUAAUAUUUGAGAAGGAGGAUGAUCCAUGGGAAGAACACCGAUCGCAUGCUAAGAACUGCUGCUUUGUCGAGCUUAAUAAGCUUAAUGAAAAGGAUUGGACUGUGCGUGACUUUAUGUCUUUGGUGUCAGGUCGCAUAGCUGCUUCACAAAGACAGUCCAUACUUGAAUUUGCUGAGCAAUUUCGAAAAGCUUCUGAAGAAGUUGCACAAAUGUACAAGAAAAAUAUUAAAUUGACAAAGAAAUCGAAAAAGUAG